GGUGGACGGCCUCGGAGCCCAGCUGACAAGAGAGCCCUCCCUCCCACAGGGUCCCCUGAGAGUGGGUGCCUCCCCUGGGCCCCCAUUUGCAUGGCAGGAAGAGGCCAGUGAGGAAGAGGCGGGCGGGAGCCACCGGCUACACUCCAGGCCAUCACACGUUGUCCGCAGCCUCCUCCACCGGCGUCGGCACUGUCACUGGGUCGGGGUCUGAGAAGGAGUGGCGACCAUGGCAGGCUGGCUGCAGCUGUCCCCCGUGCCCAGCUGGCUGGUGCUGCUGCUGGUGCUCACAGGUGAGCCGGUGCCCGCAGCUGAAGUCAGCAAAUGGCACCAGGAUCCCGCAGCCAAAGACCAGCUGCUCCAGAAUUCUGCAGGGACUGCUUGUUCCCGGAUACGGCAGAGGCCACGGUUCAUGGCCAAGAAGCGGGGCUCCGACGUGGCCAUCGAGUGUCUGGCGGAGAAGCAGGGCAUCAUCACGUGGCUGUGGAAGCAGACGGCCGACCAGGAGCCCAGGCCGGUGCAGCUGGAGAAGGGCCGCAUCGCCCAGUCUGUGAACAACACGCUGACCAUCCACGGCAUCCAGUCCCAGGACAGUGGCAUCUACAUCUGCCAGCAGGAGUGCCCCCAGUCACAGAGGCAGCACGGCUGCGGCACUGAGUUGCGUGUCAUGGGCUUCAGCACCUUAGAGCAGCUGAAACGCCGGAACACGCUCAAGGACGGUAUCAUCAUGAUCCAGACCCUGCUCAUCAUCCUCUUCAUUGUCGUGCCUGUCUUCCUGCUGCUGGACAAGGAUGACAGCAAGUCUGGAAUGGAGGAGGACCACACCUACGAGGGCCUGGACAUUGACCAGACGGCCACCUACGAGGACAUCGUGACUCUUCGGACCGGGGAGGUGAAGUGGUCCGUCGGUGAGCACCCCAGCCGGGAGUGAGGGGCCGGCCCAGCCUGCACCCCGGACACGGCCCGCUGGGCCCUCGCUGACCGCUUCUGGGCCGCCUGGCUCUCAGACCGGCUCUUCCUCCUGGACCCACUUCGGCCUCCGAAGCUGACCCUCCAGACCCGCCUGCCCGGCCUGCUCCUGACUCUCGUCCAAGGGACUGAGGGGGAAGGCCAGGCCAUGGGCAGCGAGCGGGAGCAGGGUGGUCCAGGAACAGACUGGAGCUAGCCUUCUGGGGGUGCCGGGCAUGGAUCUAGCCCAUGUUCACGACAGGGAAGGCAGAGACUUGAGUGGAACCUCGGGCCAGGCUCCGAGCCCGGAAGGACGUGCCCAGCCCCACUUGGCCAUAGGUGGGUGAGGGCGCUCAGAGCUCCCCUCCCUCUCCCGCCUUCUCCUGCCCCGUGCGUGGAGCUCCUGGUGGAGCCUGUUGCUCCUUGGAAUAAAUGAUGUAUCCUGAGAA